AUGACAGCGAUGUGGCUGCAGGUCGCUGGUCAGCAGGAUUUCCAGUAUUCUAGUCCGUUGCUCAGGUUGCUGAGUUUCCUGUUCGUGAGUCAUUUUGAGACACUGUUGAGGCAGGCAGAGGCCCUAGGACUCUCAGGUGAUGCUCUGUCCGAUUAUGUGAGUAAACAGCAAAAUAUCUACAGGGAAGAGAGAGCUAAAGAGCGUGAGUUACAAAAAUUACAGAUAGAAGCUGAAAACCAGAAAGCACGACUCGCUCACGAACUUGAAAUGACGAAAAUCCGUGCCAAUAAUGAUGCCUCCAUUACCCCAGUGUUCGGUGACGAUAUUGUGAGACCUAGCUUGCCUGUGUUUCAUGAUAGUGAAGACAUUUCUUUGUAUUUAAUAAGGUUUGAAAGAGUGGCUGAUCUUUUGAAUUUAAAGAAGGAAAGUUAUGCCGUGAGGUUAGGCAGCCUUUUGACAGGGAAAGCAGUAUAUGUUUAUACAAGUUUAUCACCUGAGAUAACUAAAGAUUAUGGGCUAUUAAAAAAAUGUCUUCUUGAUAGUUUUGCUAAAACUCCAGAUAGUUACAAAGUGGACUUUCGCUCUGCUAAAAUUAAACCUGAUAUUAGUAUGUUUCUGAAAGAGAACAAUGUCUCUACUCUUGAUGAAACUGCGAGGUUUGCAGACACUUGGGCUUCCGCUCAUGGAUCUUACCCGAAAUCGAACACCGGUCUACACAGAGAUGACAACUCGCCUCGUAAAUUCUUAACUUCUGGCACCAUCAAUGGUUCUUGGGUCUCAGCUAUCCUCCGAGAUUCCGGCUGUUCUUGUGUUAUUGUUGCUGAACAAUUACUUCCGGAUGUUGACCUGACAUCAUGUGUCAGGUGUAAAGCUAAUGCUGGGGAAACGGAAAACAUGCGCGAUGGCUCUGUAUUCAAGUAUGAGGUAAUGAAUGGUUUGAUCUACCGCUCCUGUGUGAAUUCUAGAUUCUGUGAGAGGGUUGGUAAAACCUCUUUGGUUGUACCUGCUGACUGCCGGAAGAUAAUUCUCAGUCUGGCACAUGAAAGUCCACUUGCAGGGCAUUUCUCGCACCGUAAGACAGAAAUUAAAGUAAGGGAACAAUUCUAUUGGCCUGGAAUGGGUGCUGACAUCAAAGACUACUGCAGAUCUUGUGAGAAGUGCCAGAGAAUGUCCAGUAAGGGCAGGAUAAAGCCAGCCCCAUUGCAGCCAAUACCUAUUGUGACUGAACCUUUUUCUCGUGUCGCGAUCGAUAUUGUCGGACCAUUAACUCCUGCAUCUUCCCAGGGUCAUAAAUACAUCUUAACAUUAAUAGAUUUUGCCACCAGGUUCCCUGAUGCUAUCCCGUUAAAAGACAUUGAUUCGGUGUCUGUAGCCGAAGCUUUACUAAUGAUUUUCUCUCGAGUAGGCAUUCCUAGGGAGAUACUCUCAGACAGAGGUACGCAAUUUACUUCCAAAUUAAUGGGUGAACUCCACAAGUUACUCGGUAUAAAACCCCUUUUUACAACUCCUUACCACCCGAGUUGUAACGGUAGGAUAGAAAGAUUCCACAGUACACUGAAGGCUUGCUUGAGAAAGUUGUGUGUAGAAAAACCAAAGGAGUGGCAUCGGUAUCUCAUACCUACUCUUUUCGCAUUGAGGGAAAUUCCGAGCGACCGGACGGCAUUUUCUCCUUUCGAACUGCUUUAUGGUCGUACUGUGUGGGGUCCACUGUCAGUCCUGAGAGAUUUAUGGAAAAAUUCUAGUGUAAAUGAGGACCAGCGUUCUACGUAUCAGUAUAUUAUAGAAUUGAAAGAUAAAUUAGCUGACUGCGCCAAAAUUGCUGCCCGAAAUGCCGACAUCAGUUCAUCCAGAUAUCGGUCAUACUUCGAUCUAAAGUCACAGAAGAGACAUUUUAAGAAAGGUGAUGAGGUCUUAGUUUUACUUCCUGAUCAUGCAAACAAGUUACUGAUGUCCUGGAGGGCUCCAUUCCCCGUUCUUGAACAAAAGAACAAAAUAAAUUACUUAAUUGAUGAGAAUGGCACUCACAAGCUCUAUCAUGUGAACUUGCUUAAGAAAUAUUACCGCAGAAGCACUAUAAGUAGAACACAUGCAUUAGAUGAAGUAACGGAUGUUGUAAAUAAUGUUCUUGAACCUUUCCAGACAGUCCAUAUGUGCUUAGUGGAAGAUGAUUCGGGUGGAAUGGAUGAACUGCCCCUAACUACAGAUGAUAUAUUUUCUGAUAUACCAGGGUGCACUUCAUUGAUUAAACAUAAUAUUGAAUUAACUUCCACUGAGAUUAUAAGAGCUAAAAGAUACCCGAUCCCCGUCCAUCUCCACUCUCACUUCAGAGAGGAAGUAUAUAAAUCAUAUGAACAAGGCAUUAUAAGACUGUCCUCUUCACCCUACUGUUCCCCAGUAGUAAUGGUUAAGAAAGAUGAUGGUACAUACCGCAUGGCUAUUGAUUUUCGUGCAAUUAAUUCGAUCACUGUAUUUCACGCUGAACCAUCCUGUACUAUGGAGGAAGAAUUGUUUAAGUUUGCAGGAGCACGAUACUUCUCAGAAAUAGAUUUGACGAAAGCAUAUUAUCAGAUUCCACUUUCAGAAAGUGCUAUGCCUUUAACAUCUUUUCCUACCCACAGAGGCCUGAUGGAAUUCACGAGACUCCCCUUUGGUUUAGUGACCGCAGGUGCCACAUAUAUCCGACUCAUGAGAUUAGUAUUAUCUGGACUGAGUAACAUUGCCUUUUAUUUUGACAACAUUUUCAUAUAUGUUGAAUAUUUGGGAUUUAUUGUUAAUGGCCAGAGUUUAAGACCUCAGUACAAUAAGAUUGAGGCAUUGCUUAAAGUACCCUUACCUAAGACUAAGAAGGCUUUGAGGAAAUUUCUCGGGAUGAUUUCAUUUUAUAGACUGUUCAUACCUAAUGUUUCAAACCUCACAAGUCCCCUAUCAGAUAUGCUCAGAAGGAAUGUUCGAGAACCUUUCGUUUGGAGUAAUGAGAAUGAAAACAAAUUUGAGCAGCUUAAGCAGUAUAUGACCACUAAACCCAUUCUGAAAUUGCCAGAUAUUAAUAUUCCCUUUGCCCUCAGGACUGAUGCGUCUAACUAUGGUGUUGGUGCGGUGUUACUGCAGUAUGUUGAUGAUGAUCCUUACCCCGUGGCAUACGCAAGCAGGAAGUUACUAGAGCGGGAGAGACGCUAUUCAACUGUGGAAAGAGAAUGUCUAGCCAUUGUGUUUGGCGUUACGAGAUUCCAGUACUAUCUUACAGGGAAAGAGUUCAUAUUAGAAGUAGAUCAUAAACCGUUAAUUUAUAUAAACAGUGCCAAGUCUAGCAACAACAGAGUUGUUCGUUGGUCUUUGUGCCUACAGUCCUAUAGAUUUCGUAUAGUUUACAUUGCGGGGACCUACUUCUGUCAAGGGCCGGAAAGGAGAGGCGCCUUCAUUUCCCCCGUUUCAUAUCCUGUCCUGUCUAGAGUGUGGCCGAAAAGGAGUCAACGAAAGCAGGGGAAGUGGAACUAG